CCAUUUUGUUUGUGCGGACAGACCGACAAAAACGGGAGAGAUAACCGAAAGCAGGAGCGACUCCGGUGAACGUAGAGCAGCCGCUCCGGGCACCUCCGGGGGAAGAGACUGUCCGCACUUUCUGAAUGCCUCCAAAGAAAGACAAGACAGGCGUGGAAGGGAAGGGUCCAGUGGGUUAUCUGUUUAUAUGUAGAUGUCUGUAUGCAUGAAAAGGAAAUUACUCAAAAAAAUCCAAGCAAGGGGUGUUUGCGCAGACGGAGAGGAGAGGCGGAAGAGGGCUUCAUACUCUACGAAGGAAACCCUGCGAUAAGUGGGAUACAUCAACAUGAAAGAUCAUUAUGUGUCUGAAGAGGAGGAAGCAAAGAGCCCGCAGAGAAAAUUGUGUAAAUAAAUUGCUUCUGGGCAGAAGGGGAAGGUGGAAAGAAAAGCGCGUAUAAAGGGAAGGAAAACUGUCCGGAUCGACGCGAAAGGGUGCACGGCACUUCAUCAUUAGGACUCACGGAUUUUUCUGUCCCAUGUUAAUGGUACACCGAAACAUGGGACACGAGUAAUUCUUUUUGGGUUUUUUAAUCAAGACGUUGUUGUCUUUGUUGGUCUAGCUUUUGAUAAAUGUUUCCUAGCCAGUAUAUUGAAUGAUCAACAGCCAAAACCUCAGAGGUGCAGUUUUCCCAUCGUUGGAUUCGGCAAACACACUAAUUGGAUAAAUCUGACUUAUUGGCUAUUGGCGCUGUGAAUCUUAUUCACAUUCAUACUGUCAAACAAGAAUCUAGCUGAAAACUGCAUCGAUUGCACUGUGACUUUACAAAAAACUUUUGCUUAUUGCUAAAAAGUAUCCACAAAAGGCUGCAACAACAACAGCAAAAGAGAAGACACUAUUUGUUUUAAUUAAAUAACCGCAUGGCCAAACACGCAGUUAAACAGGAUUUACAUUGUUUUAUGCGUGAGGGUAUCCUGCAAUGCAUAAUGGUGUGAGGAAGUUUUGGAUGCAAUAAGUUCUGCAAAGUAUGCAUAUUCUCGUUCGUGUUUUUUGGUGCAAAAAAGUUUUGUGCGCUGUUCUAACCUACAAGAUUUGGAGUAUGGCGAACACAAGUUGGUACGCGUUGGCUGACUGGUCUUGGGACAAUCUGAGCGUCGCACAAGAGGCUACAUGAGGUUGAUCUACAUGAGGUUGAUAGAGGGCCGCUUGCUCCACCUUCCCACCUCCUCUUGUUCAAAUCUGCGAAGAAACAAAAUCUGCAACUGGGAGGGGGUGAUAUCUGCAGAAGAAUAAACCGAGAGGCUGUGAGACAGAGGUUACCGCUGCUGUCUUCUCCCCUACCGUCCCCCAAGCGGUGGGGGAAUGCUCACAACAUUACAGAAAAGAAAAGGAGACGCGCUUAAGGGGAAAUCGAGUCCCCAGAAAAGAUCAUCACUAAUUUUAAUUCGUAAAAUAUGGCCGAUAAUGUCUUGGAGUCGGGUCCGCCUUCAGCCAAGAGGCCAAAGCUGUCUUCUCCAGCUCUGUCGCUGUCGACCAGUGAUGGAAAUGAUUUUGGCUCACCCUCUGACCUGGAGCAUGACCUCCCAGACGAGCUGAUCAACUCCUCAGAUCUGGGAAUAACCAAUGGCGGAGACUCCAUCCAGCUUCAUAAUAGCCUUGGGGGACAUGGAACUGGACUUGGUCUUGCUGCAGGCCAGGAGACUGCUGCUAAACUGUUGCGCACUGGUGCGUCAGCACAGCAGAGUGGUGCUGCACCCAACAGCAUCGGACCAGGAACUUCCAUGGGUAUUGGAGGAGUUGGUGUCUCCUCAGUAGGAUCCCAAGCCCAGCAGCAGCCAGGACUAAUGCAGCAGGUUAAUGUGGCUGGUGGUAUGGGAGCUCAUAAUAGACCUACCAUGAUGGGAGCACAAAAGGUCCAUGCUGUACAGCAGCAACAAGGAUUGGUGGGGGGACAUCUGAUGAAUGGGUCACCACGGAUGAGUUAUCUGGGCCCUGCUGGUAUGGGUAGUAAUGGUAAUCUGUUGGCUGAAACCCUUCAAAUGCAGCAAGGGGGACAACAAAUGGGCAAUGUGUCUCAACCAGGAAUUAGACAACAGCAACCUGAAGCACUGAAAAAGAUGAAUAUGAUGACCAAUUCUGCCCCCUAUAGUGGGCCGUAUGACCAGUCAGCGGGCCAAGGGCUGGCUGGGGGAGGACUGAGUUCACAGCUUCAGGCCAAGGCAGGACUGCCCAACAGUAUGCCUGCACAGUGCAUCGACAAAAAGCCGGUAGGAGCAGGCAUGCCUGGGAUGGUUUCCCAUCAGCAGUCCGCCACAGUUGGAGGUGUGCCUCUUGGGCCAGGAGUGACUGGAGCCCUACAGGUUGGUCUUGGUGCAGGAGGUUCAGGCCCUGGUGUUGGAGCCCCCACAGCAGACCCUGAGAAGCGAAAGCUAAUACAACAGCAACUGGUCCUUUUACUUCAUGCACACAAGUGCCAGAGAAGGGAACAAGCCAAUGGAGAAGUACGGCAUUGUAACUUACCCCACUGUCGCACCAUGAAGAAUGUGUUGAACCACAUGACCCAUUGCCAGGCGGGCAAAUCUUGCCAAGUGGCCCACUGUGCCUCGUCCAGACAAAUUAUCUCUCACUGGAAGAAUUGCACUCGCCAUGACUGUCCUGUGUGCCUUCCACUGAAAAAUGCUGGUGAUAAACGGAGUCAGCAGUCUGCCCUUAACAGUGCUGGGGUGAGUUUGGUGAACUCCUUAGGUCCAGGUGUCCAAGCUGGACAGGCCAGCUCUCCAAACAUCAAUCCUACUAGCCAAAUAGACCCCAGUUCCAUUGAGCGAGCUUAUGCUGCCCUUGGUCUCCCGUACCAGGGCAAUCAGAUGCCACAACAGAUACCACAAGCCAACAUGCCAAACCAGGGGCCACAGAGCCAGCCUGGCAUAAGACCUCUGAAUUCAAUGGGAGGAAACUCUCCUGGAAUGAAUGGGGGUAUGGGGCUACAGCAAUCGAAUCCAAUACAACAGGCCAGUGUCUUACCAAACAUGUUGCAAAAUAGUCUGAUUGCACAAAGUUUAAUGAAUGAUGGUGUGGGAAACCUGGGUUCCAUGCCAACAGCAGCUAACCCAUCUUCAACCAGUAUAACCAAGCCUUGGCAUGAAGACAUCACCCAAGAUCUACGCAAUCAUCUUGUUCAUAAGCUUGUGCAAGCUAUCUUCCCAACCCCUGACCCGGCUGCAUUGAAGGACCGCAGAAUGGAAAAUUUAGUGGCCUAUGCUCGUAAAGUUGAGGGUGAUAUGUAUGAAUCUGCAAACACAAGGGCUGAGUACUAUCACCUUCUGGCAGAGAAGAUUUAUAAGAUUCAAAAGGAACUUGAAGAAAAGAGACGGACACGACUUCAGAAACAGGGCAUGAUGCCUGGUCAACCAGGGAUGCCACAGGGUCCACCAAACAUGGGCCAUCCACCUGUGGCUCAGGGACAAUCUCCCAAUGGUCCUCAUGCCGAUCACUCUAUGGUCAGACCACCUGGACCCAAUCAGAUUAUAAAUAGAAUGCAAAACCCAGCAGAACCCUAUUUCUCUCUAGCAAUGAACCAAUUCAGUCAAAUGGGGAUGCAAACAAUGGGUCAAAGGUCUACACCUCCCCUUUCUCAUACGCCACCAAUGAACCAGAUGAGCAUGCCACAAAUCAGAAUGGGUCAGCCCAAUACCACACAGUUACAAAACCAGUACCUCUCUUCACCUCAGUUCCCUGGAUCAAGUCCAGGCCUUGGUUCUGCUGGAUUGAGCCAGUCUGGGGUGCAAAUGUCAAUGCAAAGCCAAAUGUCAACAACACCUUCACUCCCUGCCAGCAGCCCUGUAGCACAACCUACUCCCCCUUGCCCCUUAGCGUCUGCUGGUGUUAACAACGCUGUGCCUCACCCCAACCUCCCUCCAUUGUCUACUCCAAACCAGGCCAACGCCAACCCUCACUGUGCAGCCAUGUCCACCAACUCGCCCUCACCAGCACAAAGCCUAACGCCUCAGCCUCACCAAACUCCCCCGAUGUUGCCUGGUUCUCAGACACCUACGCCUCACUCCCCUCACACACCUCAGAUGCCUCAAACACAGCAGCUGCAGCAAGUUUUACAGUCUACAUCAGAACAAGGAUUGAAUGCUGACAAAACCUCUCAGCCACAGCUACUGGGAGGUAUGGCUCCUCCAACACCCAGCCUCCAGGACAGUCUGACGGCUGCAGCGCCAACAGAGAAUGCUCUAGUCUCUUUGCAACCACCAAAAACCCCUCUUUCACCUAAGGCUGCGCAGACCACAGAAGAUCAAGAAUCCUCAACCGCUUUAGAUGGCAUCAACACCGAAUCAUUCUCUCAGCCUCCUACCACAGAUGACCAAGGCCCCAACCAUGAAGAUGCUAAAUUGGAAGUUUCCAAAAAGGAAGAUCCAGACAAGGAAGAGGCAGAAACUGAAGAUGAGGACAAAAUGGACACGGACAAAGGACAGCCUGAUUUGAAGACGGAAGACAAACCAGAUAUAAAGACAGAGAAGACAUCUGGAGAUGAAUGUAAAGAUGAGUCAAUGGAAACAACUUCAUCUGUGUCUUCUACGGGAGCCGAAAGUGAGGACAAGAAGCCAGAGAUUAAGAAGGAGCCAAAACAGGAAGAGGAAUGUUCAGGGUCAAUGGCUAACAGUAGCUCUCCAGCCAGUGCGCAAAGCAAAAAGAAAGUUUUUAAGCCAGAAGAGUUGCGUCAGGCUCUGAUGCCCACUCUUGAGGCUCUGUACCGGCAGGACCCUGAGUCCCUACCCUUUCGUCAGCCGGUGGACCCCCAGUUACUGGGAAUACCCGUACGUAUUCGAACUAGUAACAAAACUAACCUGGACUACUUUGACAUAGUGAAGAACCCUAUGGACUUGUCAACUAUCAAGCGGAAACUGGAUACAGGACAAUACCAAGAGCCGUGGCAAUAUGUGGAGGAUAUCUGGCUGAUGUUCAAUAACGCUUGGCUUUAUAACCGCAAGACAUCCCGUGUUUACAAGUACUGCUCCAAGCUCGCCGAAGUGUUUGAGAUGGAGAUAGAUCCUGUCAUGCAGGGUCUUGGAUACUGUUGUGGGAGGAAGUUUGAGUUUUCUCCCCAAACACUAUGCUGCUAUGGAAAGCAAUUAUGCACCAUUCAACGUGCUGCUUACUUUAGCUACCAGAACAGGUACCACUUCUGUGAGAAGUGUUUCAACGAAAUCCAGGGUGAAAGUGUUUCCCUGGGGGACGAUCCCUCUCAGCCACAGACGUCUAUAAACAAAGACCAGUUUCAACGCAAAAAGAAUGACACCCUUGACCCAGAGUUGUUUGUAGAAUGUAUGGAUUGUGGACGAAAAAUGCACCAGAUCUGUGUCUUGCACAAUGAAACCAUUUGGCCAACAGGUUUUGUUUGUGAUGAGUGCCUUAAAAAGGUUAAUAAGACAAGGAAAGAAAACAAAUAUGCAGCCAAAAGACUUCCUCAGACUAAAUUGGGGAAUUUUUUGGAGACAAAAGUGAACGACUACCUCAAAAGACAGAAUCACCCUGAAUCCGGAGAGGUCACCAUUCGAGUGGUGCAUGUCUCUGACAAGAUGGUGGAGGUCAAACCUGGCAUGAAGUCCAGGUUUGUUGAUAGUGGAGAGAUGGCAGAGUCCUUCCCCUACAGAACAAAAGCUCUGUUUGCCUUCGAGGAGAUUGAUGGAGCAGAGGUGUGCUUUUUUGGCAUGCAUGUCCAGGAGUAUGGAUCAGACUGCCCCCCUCCAAAUCAAAGAAGGGUUUACAUCUCAUAUCUGGACAGUGUGCACUUCUUUAAACCUCGUCACCUCAGGACUGCUGUAUACUACGAGAUUCUUAUAGGCUACCUGGAGUAUGUCAAGAGAAUGGGGUAUACAACGGGGCAUAUUUGGGCUUGUCCUCCCAGUGAAGGUGAUGAUUACAUUUUUCACUGUCAUCCGGCUGACCAAAAGAUCCCUAAGCCAAAACGUCUUCAGGAAUGGUACAAGAAGAUGCUGGACAAGGCUGUUGCAGAACGCAUUGUCCACGAUUACAAGGAUAUUUUCAAGCAGGCGACAGAAGACCGACUGACUAGUGCUAAAGAACUGCCAUACUUUGAAGGGGAUUUCUGGCCCAAUGUUCUUGAGGAAAGUAUCAAAGAGCUGGAACAAGAGGAGGAAGAGCGAAAAAGGGAAGAGAAUAGUACCUCUAAUGAGACUACAGAUGCUGCAACUGGUGACAGUAAGAAUGCCAAAAAGAAAAACAAUAAAAAGACGAGCAAGAACAAAAGCAGCCUGAGCAGAGCAAACAAGAAGAAAGCAGGAAUGCCCAGUGUUUCCAAUGACCUCUCCCAGAAACUGUAUGCCACUAUGGAGAAGCACAAAGAGGUAUUUUUUGUCAUCCGUCUAAUUGCUGGACCCACUGCCAAUUCUUUGCCACCAAUCACCGACCCAGACCCCCUGAUGGCAUGUGACUUGAUGGAUGGGCGGGAUGCUUUUCUCACACUGGCCAGGGACAAACACCUGGAGUUUAGCUCUCUUCGACGAUCCAAGUGGAGCUCUAUGUGUAUGCUGGUGGAGCUGCACAACCAGAGUCAGGACCGCUUUGUCUACACCUGCAAUGAAUGCAAACACCACGUGGAGACUCGAUUCCACUGCACUGUCUGUGAGGACUAUGACCUGUGCAUCAGCUGCUACCACACUAAAGGCCAUGAGCACAAGAUGGACAAAUUGGGGCUUGGCCUAGAUGAUGACAGUAACAACCAGGCAGCUGCCACCACCCAAAACCCUGGAGACUCCCGAAGACUCAGCAUCCAGCGCUGCAUCCAGUCUCUAGUCCAUGCCUGCCAGUGUCGAAAUGCUAAUUGUUCUCUGCCGUCCUGUCAGAAGAUGAAGCGUGUAGUUCAGCACACAAAGGGAUGCAAGCGAAAAACCAACGGGGGUUGUCCUAUAUGCAAGCAGCUCAUUGCUCUUUGCUGCUACCAUGCCAAACAUUGCCAAGAGAACAAAUGUCCAGUCCCAUUUUGCUUAAACAUCAAACAAAAGCUCCGGCAGCAACAGUUGCAGCACAGACUGCAGCAGGCACAGAUGCUCAGAAGACGGAUGGCCAGCAUGCAGCGAGUGGGACAGCCCACAGGAGGACCACCUGGUGCCCCUUUAGGUCUCCCAUCACCAGGAAACAAUAGCACAGCACCCAGCACUCCCACAUCUGGCGGCACUCAGCCUCCUACUCCUCAGACGCCCACACACCACAUGCAGCAGGGUGUGGGCUCAGCACCUGGAGUGCAACAGCCUGGGGGACUGGCCCCUCAGGGCAACAUCACACCACAGCAGCACCAUGUGCAACAUCAGUUCCCUCAGAUGAGUGGUGGGUCUGGGGGCAUCAUCAACUCCCCUCAGCAUCAGAAUGGGGCUGUGAACUCGCCCCAGCAGCAACUCAACACUUAUGCUGGCAGACCUCCAGGCUCAUCCCCCAUGCACCAGUCCCAGGGCAAACCUGGCCUUGGUACUGCUACACCACCCCAACAAAAGCAGCAAGUGGGAGCUGUGACAGGUAGUAUUGGUCAGCCACAGAAUCAGCCCUCUUCAGGACCACCACCAGCUGCAGUAGAGAUCGCUAUGAAGAUCCAGCAAGUAGCAGAUGCUCAAAGAAAAAUGGCACUACAGAGACAGGCACAAGCGGCCACCAGCAUGAUGCCCUCACCUGGACACCAUCAACAGGCACAAAACCAGCAAAUGAACAUGGGAAAUGCCUCUGUUCCUGGGAUGGGCGCACCCCCUCAAAACCCGGCAGCAGUUGCAGCCCGCGCACACAUGGAUCCACAGCGGGCCCAAGCGGGGAUGGUGGGAGGUCAAAUGCAGCAGCACUUUCAGCAGGGUAAUAUGCCCACUCAGCUACAACAACAAAGAAUGACUGCUCCACUCCAAAACCCCUCCCAGCAGCAGGUGUGGGCAGGACAAGGUAUGGCUCCCCAAAGGCCGAUGAUGAAUCAGAUGGGUCAUCCUAGCAUGAUGGCUGUGCAGCAGGCCCCAAUGCAGCAGGCCCCAAUGCAGCAGCAGCAGCAGCAAAUGCAGCAGCAGCAAAUGCAGCAGCAAAUGCAGCAGCAGCAGCAAAUGCAGCAGCAGCAGCAAAUGCAGCAGCAGCAGCAAAUGCAGCAGCAGCAGCCAAUGCCGCAGCAGCAACAAAUGUCACAGCAGCAGCCAAUGCCGCAGCAACCAAUGCCGCAGCAACCAAUGCCGCAGCAACCAAUGCCGCAGCAACCAAUGCCGCAGCAACCAAUGCCGCAGCAACCAAUGCCGCAACAACCAAUGCAGCAGCCUCUCAUGAACAUGGCCCCACAGCAGCAAGGCACUGGAGGGGCCAUCCCAGGAGCUGCUGGAGGAAACAUUCCACAGGGUGCUCUGCAGGACCUGCUCCGCACACUGCGCUCUCCAAGCUCUCCUCUCCAGCAGCAGCAGGUUCUCAACAUUCUUCGAUCCAACCCUCAGCUCAUGGCUGCCUUUAUCAAGCAAAGGGCAUCCAAAUACAAAGGUGGGCCAGGAGGCCUUCCAGGACUACCAAACCAACCAGGGGGGCCAGUUGGAAACAGUAUAACAGGAGGUGGCUCCCAGCUGAACAUGAAUGCUGCAAGUGGAAGUCAGCCAGGCAUGCACAUGGGAGGAGGUCAGAACAUGGCUGCCGUGGCACAGCUCCAGCAACAACAGCAACAGAUGCAUCAACCAAGACCAAUGCUCAGCAACUUGCAACCGCAGCCGGUGGGAGCAAAGGGAAUUCCGGGUCCGGGUCCACAGAUCGCCAACCUCAACAAUCCCCAAUUCAGAGAGAUGCUCAUGAGGCGACAGUUACAACAGCAGCAGCAGCAACAGCAGCAGCAGCAACAGCAGCAGCAGCAACAGCAGCAGCAGCAACAGCAGCAGCAGCAGCAACAGCAGCAGCAACAGCAACAGCAACAACAGCAGCAGCAGCAGCAUAAUCAACAACAGAUGGGAAUGAACCACAGUCAGUUUCAUCAGCCUCCACAGCCACAGGGCUACAUGAACCAACCGGGGAUGCAGUCUCACAUGGGGCAGAACCAAGUGAGCAUGCAGCAGUCCACUGGACCCUCUGGUCAGACAUACCCAAACCCUUCUCAGCAGCAGGCAACAGCAGCCCUACAGCACAGGCUACAGCACCAGCUGCAGAUGCAACAGCAGAGUGGCAUGGGUGAUGGGGGGCCAGGUGGGGGGCCAGGUGGGGGGCCAAUGGGUGUCCCAAUGGGUGUCCCACAGCAGCCACAGCCUCCUCAGAGUGGCCUACCACCAUCUCAGGCACUGCUCCAGCAGGCCCUUCACCAGAGACUUCUCCAACAGCAGCAGACCCUUGGCCCUGGAGGGUCCCCAGCCCCGCACAGUGGCCCUAUGAGCCCCCAGCAGCCAUCUCCACAUCCCCAUUUGCAGGGACAGGCACUGCCCACAUCUCUGGCAAACCAAGUCCGCUCCCCUCAGCCCUCUCCGAGACCUCAGUCACAGCCCCCGCACUCAAGCCCAUCCCCGCGCCUGCAGCCCCAACCCUCUCCUCAUCACAUCUCACCUCAGGUACAAACGGGGUCUCCACACCCCUCCCACCUGAACCAUCACCCUGGGAUGGGCCCCCCUCCACAGCAGCAGGCAAACCAGCAUCCGCAGAACUCCAUGGAUCAGUUUGGCAUAGACCAGAACGCCAUGAUGUCCCAGUUGAAUAGCAUGGCUGGUCUUCAUGGGACAGGGGCCGCUGGUCAGGACCCUCUGGGACAGAACAUGAACCAUAACCCUUUAGACAUCAUGUAGGAACUCUACUGAACUAGGAGCUCUGCGCACAAAACUGCACUCACCGGGACAGUGUUAUUGUUUAACUUAGCCUUUUUAUACUAUUAAAUGUUAUUUAAGAUGUUUUCAAUAAAGAUGCAUUGAUCAGAACUUCCUAUGGGAGAUGAACAAUAAAGAAACCAGUCUUUAAGUAGGUUAAAAUAAAUGAAACGUAAGUUAUUGUUAAUAUAUUUUUGUUAUAUAUUAUGAACAAAGUGGACAGUGGUUUGUGUAGCACCCUCCACCUGCACAUCUACAGAUUACAAAAGGAGUUAUUUUUGGGGAGCGGGUAGUUAAUGAUUACUUGACUUUUUAAGCAAGUAUUUUUAAGAUAUUAAACUUGGACAAGAAUUUAAGUAUUGAUUUAUUGCAAAUAACCUUUAUUUUUUUCUCCUGGUCUGUUUUUAUUUGACAGAGUGAGGUGAGAUUAUCAAUGUAAUUUGAAACAUGAUGCAUAUCUUUUUAAACUUGUUUUUGUUAGCUUUAUUUAUUUUAUUAUUUUUUUUUUUAUUUGGUGUCACAAGUGUUAAUGUACCUUGCGACUGCUACACUUUGUAUAGAAAUAUAUUUUUGUUACUGUUGCUGAGGUGGGGGUUAGUGGAUAUUUCUUUACACUUAAGAUAUAUUUAGAUGAGUUGAGAAUAAAUUACCUGUCAGUGUUUUACUGCAGCAGUUGGUCUGCUGUGAAUUCUCAGAUCUAUCAGGAUGCCAAGUUUUCUGUCAUGCCUACAUGCAGAGCCCUCUCCCCCGAAUGUGUGCACUCUUUCCUUAUGGACACUUAACGUGGAGCAAUGGAGCCCUGGGGAGGGGGGAUGCAAACCUGUGUGCCUGUACCGUUUUCAGAACAUGGGCUGGGAUGUGGAUUAGAAUCUUUUAGUGUUUUAAACUAUUCUGCUGUUUCCAGUAAACUGCAGAGUUUGAUCCAAAUUAACUGUGUUGCACAGAACUGAGGGGAAAGAUGAGGUGUUGGUGAAGAACUCACUUUCUGCCUUGAUACUUGCUGCUUCCUUUUGGACUCUGAACCUCCCUCCAGCCCCUCAUCCUCCUCUAUCCCCACCUCAUUUGCGUCUGCUAUGAGUUUAAUUUAACUUUUAAUUUUUUUACUGUAAAAAGUAAACUGUGGAUUUAAGUAAUGUUUUUAUAAUAAAAGUAAAAUGUACAAUA